AUGGCACUCUGGCCCUUCGGAAAGAGGAAGAAUCGUGCUUUCAGACGAUCUGAUGGAGCAUCCAGCCCGUCAUCCGCUCAGAGAGCUGCCUCCUUCUCCUGUACCGCCAAAUCUGAGUCCUCCAUCCCGAACCACAACGCCUCUGCUACACCCGUAAAGACCCACCGAAGAGACUCCAAGCGGCGGAAGAACCGUCGUGACCAAGGUGCAAUCGGCGGUGAGGACUCCUGCCUUCCUCCUCGCCAGAUCACCACCCCGUCUCCCGUUCCGUCCCCCGACCUCGACACGAGCCCGUCCUUCCACUUCUCUGCCCUGGCCCGCCCCGAACGCGUCGACUCUCCUUCCGUCCGCACCUUCUCUCCCUUCAGGUUCCAGCCCAGCCUCAACAUGUCCCAGAACAGCUUGUCCAGAAGCUUCAACGAUGUCCCGACCCUGCGAAGUCAGAGGCGCUCCACAGAACCGAGCCUCUUGCGCCGCAAGUCAAGCAAGCGCAAACGUAACGACUACGCCCGAGAACAGGAAAUUCGGAACAUGGCCCUCGAGAGCAAUUGGGACUUACCCCCCGGUCGGGCCCAGACCGACCUGAGAGCUUCGCGCCCCAAGUACGAACGCCUGCGAUCCAUAUCCCCAGAUUCCCACGCAUACAAGCUCAGUGUCUUCGAUGCAUUGUCUCCCCGUCCUGUCUUACGCUAUGCACGGACUCCUCGAUACGUAGAUCCUUCGAGGUCCGCGGCUUCUAAGAGCAAGUGCAGGGCUUUGCGACUCGGAGACCUGGAUGGAGAACACCGGAUAAAUGAACUUGCCGAUGAUAUGGACGCGGGGACUCUAAGGGAGCUUAUGGAAAGAGAUCGUCGUAGGAGGGCGGCGAGACGAACCGCUUGUCCCACGGUCAAGCUCGAAAACCCCCCGAAACCACGUCGACAGCAUUCAAUGAAGCAUAAUCAACCUCCUCCUUCAAACAACCGCGAAACAAAUAUCGACACAGCGAUGACUAAUCGGAAACAUGAUCAGAUGGAGUUGUCAAAGACGCCGAACCAUACUGAGUCUUGGCUCCGGGACCCUUCCAAAGAAAGCUUUACCGCAAAUGCAAAUGACGAAGUGCACGAGAAGAAGCCAACGGUGGAGGAAACCCAGAUCGUUGUCGACGAUGAAAAAUCCUUUGUCCACGUUUCGGCAAUCGACGCCGCCGCCGAUAUCAAACACGAACUCGCCGGGCAGGAGAUGGGCUCCGUCUCGGAUAUAUCACCAACGCAAAAAAGUGAAAAGCGGCUGUCCUCAAAUGCUGGCCGCAUCGGUCGAUCCCUCUCAUCAUUCUUUCGUCGUGGCUCUCGGUUCAAGAGAGAACCUCAAGGACAACCGAAAGAAGGCCCAAGCUUUUCGGUCCCGUCCCGAGAAUCUUUCUCAAGGAUCUCCCAUACGGAAGUUGCGGGAAUGCCGCCGGCGAUCCCGAAAAAGAGCAGCCUCCGAUUUGACGGACAGUCUAUGCAGUCCAGGUUCACCGAGCACUUCGAUGAGCCCAUGGAUAACAUGCGUUCCCCGACCGCGAUCGAUAUAUACCCCACAUCACAUCGAUUCAGCGUUUGCACUGGUAGGGGAACUGUGGCGACUGCCCCAAUCGAAGCCCAGGACACAUUCCGCGCAUCCGGAGCAAACAGUCCAGAUACACGUCCCAACAGCAUUUUCCUAGCUCAGUCCCUAGCAUCCAUAGACUCGGAGGGCAGUUGGCUCUCAGGAAAGCCGUCUCGUCACCUUUCCCAGGCACGGUUAGCCCAAUACCGUGGCAGCGCAGAAUCCAAGGAUGAUCCAACCGAAUCAUCACCAGAGGAACGUCCCGCAAGCGAUGAAAUUCUCGGACCCCUUUCUAUUCCUGUCCCUGAAGAAGAGGAGGAGUUCGAGAUCCCUAUCAGCGGCAAUGCUAAACCCCAAGACAAUGACGGGACAACUUGGCAUGACAGCGUUGGAAAGCGACCGCGUCUCAUUCGUCCUUGUACUCGAGCAAAAUCCAAAGAAGGAUUGUUUACUGAGUUCCUCGAAAGCGCUUCAGAGGUCGACACACCCUCGGACGACAGUCCGCUCGACAUCGAAGCGGAAAUGGAAGUCCAUCGUGCCACCAGCGUUGACCUGGGAAAAGGUCAUACACGUCACAUCAGUGCUGGAAGUGCAAAGCUUUUAGACCUGUCUUCUCGCCUAUCCGAAGAUCGAAGACCAAGUUCAGGGACUUUCAGCAGCGGUGUCCUACCGUCGCCACCACUUAGCCAAUAG